AUGGCCGACGACGUCCCAGCCGGAGGCGACCCCCUCCCCAACCCCGUCUCCGGCACCACCAACGAAGCAAGCUGGAAACACCGCGCCCCCUACAAAAUCCAAACAGACGAGGAAUUCGGCCCCGUCAAAUGGAUCGGAAGGUGCCAAUGCGGCCAGGUAGAGUACAAACUAAACCGGGAGAAACCAUUGAAGUCUAAAUACUGCCAUUGUCGGGGGUGUCAGGUAUUGCACGGCGCCCCGUUCCAAUGGGCCACUAUAUUCCACAAGGCCGACUUGACUUUCACCAAGGGCGCUGAUGGCUUGGCGUUUUAUUCUUCUACGGAAAAGUCGAGGGAGUAUAUGCUUCCGACUAAGGUGUCGUGCUCGUUCUGUCGCACGCCGAUUAUGGACGAGGGGAGGAAUGUUUGUCUUUUGUUUCCUGCGGCUAUUGAUUAUGGGGGGACGCAUGAGGGGAGGGAGAGAUGGAUUCAGGCUUUUGAAGUAGGGUGUCAUAUUUUCUAUAGUCGACGGGCAGUUGAGAUUCCAGAUGGGAAGCCGAAGUGGUCCGAGUUGGAUGAGAGUAGUGAGCUUUUGGAUGAUUCGGGGAAUCCGAAAAAGGGUAAAUCAUGA